AUGGCUGUGCAAGUUCCCGACCGCCUUGAACCGUGGUACACCCUCUCUGGAAAAGUCGUAAUGGUCACCGGCGCUUCGUCCGGGCUUGGCCGCGACUUCUGCCUCGACCUCGGCCGUGCUGGCUGCCGCGUCGUCGUGGCCGCUCGCCGCGUCGACCGCCUCGAGUCCCUCUGCGACGAAAUCAACCGGAUGGCGCCUCCGGCAACGAUUACAGAGGGUCACCGGAACCGCCGCGCCAUUGCCGUGGAACUCGACAUCACCGCGGAUGGCAACGUCGUGGACAGAUACGUGCAGAAGGCGUGGGACGCGUUUGGCCACAUUGAUGCGCUGAUCAACAACGCUGGUGUCAGAGGAACUGUGAAGUCACCUUUGGAAUUGUCUGAAGAGGAAUGGCAGCAAUCAUUGAGAACAAACUUAACUGGGACGUGGUUGGUGUCAAAAUGUGUUUGUAAACGCAUGCGUGAUUCACAGAGGAGAGGAUCAAUCAUCAACAUUGGUUCAAUUGCCGGGGUGAAUCGUGGUCAGUUGCCUGGUGGAGCUGCAUAUGCAUCUUCUAAAGCAGGCAUUAAGAUGCUGACAAAGGUGAUGGCACUGGAACUGGGGACACACAAAAUAAGAGUGAAUUCCAUAUCACCUGGACUUUUCAAAUCAGAAAUCACAGAAGGAUUAAUGCAGAAAGAUUGGUUGAAUAAUGUGGCAGUGAAAACAGUACCCUUGAGAAGAUUUGGCACUUCUGAUCCUGCAUUAACAUCCUUAGUUCGUUAUUUGAUUCAUGAUUCUUCUGAAUACGUAUCUGGCAAUGAUUUUAUUGUGGAUGCUGGAGCCACCUUACCUGGUGUGCCUAUUUAUUCCUCCCUUUAA